AUGAUCUAAAAAGUAAAAUUUGCAAAUGAAUCUGUGAUAAAAAUUUAACUUUUAAGGGAGUUCAUGCACAUGCAAAAGCACUUAUUUUAAUAAUUAUUAAAUAUAAAUUAUUUUAAAAUAAAUUAAAUGUCAAGAGAAAGAGGUUUGUCCGAUUAAUUUAAUAAUGAUAGAGAUAAGAUUAGAUAAUUAGAAUCCAAUUUGACAGCUUAAUAUGAAAAGUUAUUUGGUCUUGACAACAAUUAAGAAAUCAAACAAUAAUAAGAAAAGCCUAAUUAAGAAUAACCAUUUGAUAUUUUAAAUCAACUUAUUGAAUCAUAACCAAAAAGAAGGAGUUUCUGA